UCCCCCGCCCCCCGCCUCCUUCCAUAGGUAGUCCAUAAUGAGUGUCCAUUGGUUUUUAUUGCGGCUUGUCCCCCUCCCACUGGCCGGCUUCGCCCUGCCCAUGUUUUCUAUGUCUCAGUCCGUCCAUCUCCUGACGUUCAAGUUCGGAGGAACGUCACGUCCGCACUUGAACUUGCAGCUCAGGGGGUAUCGCCGUACCCCCAUCACUCUCUCUUUGCGAAAAAGUCAUGAAGAGGUCCGCACAGCCCGUAGCGCGCGACGCCUCACCCUCUGUAUGAACUGCACUUCAUUUUCCCCCUUUCUUUUUUUCCUAUUUGGACGUCAGACGCAUCAAUGAAGAAAUUUCAUUUGGAGUCUACCUUGUAGGAACGGAUUUCCCAAUGUGAACUCAGCUGAAAAGCUGCCACUAAACCAACAUGUCUCGCCGCAAGCAAGGCAAACCCCAGCACUUGAGCAAACGGGAGUUUUCGUCUGAGCCGCUGUCAGGUGUUUUACCAGGAGAAAACUGUCUGGACUCCCCCAGGCUGGGAGAGGCUCAGGGUGAGCCCCUCAAAGGGGACCAGGACCUGCUGACCUGUGGCCAGUGCCACUCCCGCUUCCCCCUGGCUGACAUCCUGCUUUUCAUUGAACACAAACGGAGGCAGUGCCACGGGGGCCUCUGUAUAGACAAACCUCUGGACAGGCCACCGUCCUCCCCGCUCGCCUCUCCCCUUUCCACGUCCUCCUCGCACUCGCGGACCCAACAUCAGCACCCACGGAGGGCGUGUCACCCUGUGGAGGUGGCCGUUCAGGUGUCAUCGCGAGAUGAGGAUUCUUUAUCGGCACCCUUGCAAGGAAUAAUCCCCAAGCAGGAGAAUAUCACAGAUAAAGAUGAGCCCAGCAGUUACACCUGCACCACCUGUAAGCAGCCCUUCAACAGUGCCUGGUUUCUGCUCCAGCAUGCACAGAACACCCACGGCUUCCGCAUCUAUCUGGAGAGCGAACCUGGCAGCCCCCUCACCCCCCGAGUGGCUGCGGCUCCCGGGAUGGGGGGGGACUGUGCUUCUUCCCAGCCUCCUAUCCAUGCCGUCCACUUGGCUGAUGGCAGUCCUUACAGCCUCCUGAGGAUGCCGGGCUCCGGGUCUGGCCGGGAUUCAGCGUCUACACCUCGUGAGAGCCGUUACCUCCGUACUCCACCGCUGUUCAGCCCACCACCACGCCACCACCUGAGCCCUGAUGACCUGGCACUGGCAACCCACCAUCCCAGCGCCUUUGACAGGGUGAUGAGGCUCAACUCAGUGCCACUAGAAGCCCCUCCAAUGGACUUCUCUAGACGUCUACGCGAGCUGGCUGGAAAUGCCACUGGGUCCUCCCCACCUCUCUCCCCUAACAGGCCCAGCCCUAUGCAACGGCUGCUGCAGCCAUUUCAGCCAGGUUCAAAGCCUCCUUUUUCAGCUACGCCACCCCUCUCCACCUCUCAGUCCCCUUCUGGUUUACGCACCACCCCCAAUCCUGCAUCCAAUGCGGCCCAACCGGGCACACCUCUCAAGGCAAAGUCUUGUGAAUUCUGCGGGAAGACUUUCAAGUUCCAGAGCAACUUAAUCGUUCACCGACGUAGCCACACAGGGGAAAAGCCAUUCAAGUGUCACCUCUGCAACCAUGCCUGCACCCAGGCUAGCAAACUGAAACGACACAUGAAGACGCACUGUCAAAGCAAGUCUUUGGUGCUUAAUGCCAAGUCAGAUGACGGCCUCUCGACUGCAAGCUCCCCCGAACCUGGUACCAGUGAUCUGAUGGGCAGUGCCACAGAUGCUCUCAAGUCAGUGGUUGCCAAGUUCAAGAGCGAGAACAAUGGCCUGAUGACUGAAAAUGGAGAAGAAGAGGAAGAGGAGGAGGAGGAGGAAGAAGAAGAAGAAGAGGAGGAAGAAGAAGAGGAAGAAGAAGAGGAAGAGGAGGAGGAGGAGGAAAUUGAGACUAAGCCAGAAGUCGAAGAAGAAGAGGGUAAGAAUGACUAUCGUUUCAGCCUGCGGUUAGAAGGGGCCCGCUACCACAAAAACAGUGACGCCCUGCACCCACACCGCCGGAGCUUGUCCCGGGAGCCUUGUGACGAAGACUCGGCCCUGAUGUCAGACCAAGCAGAUGAUGGAACCACCACUACCAUCAAUGGCCUGGGACCUCUAUCCACUGACAGGCUGUCCAAGAAGCUGCUGAGUGGAAGGGUCAGCCCUGGUUCCCUCAGUCCCCUGUCCAAACGCAUCAAGGUGGAGAAAGACCUUGACCCCCCCACGCCCACUAUCCCGAACACGGAGAACGUCUACUCCCAGUGGCUAGCUGGCUACGCUGCCUCCCGUCAACUUAAGGACCCCUUCAUCAACUUUACAGGUGGGGACUCUAGACAAUCGCCCUUCGCCUCAUCAUCUGAGCACUCGUCAGAAAACGGCAGCUUGCGCUUCUCCACUCCGCCUGGCGAACUGGACGGGGAACGGGCCACUUCAGGACGCAGCGGCACCGGCAGCGGGGCCAGUACUCCCCACGGGAAUGGCAGGCCGAGCUCCAAGGACGGCCGACGCAGUGACACCUGCGAGUAUUGUGGCAAGGUGUUCAAGAACUGCAGCAACUUGACAGUGCACCGACGCAGUCACACUGGAGAGCGGCCCUACAAGUGUGAACUGUGCAGCUAUGCGUGCGCCCAGAGCUCAAAGCUCACCCGUCACAUGAAGACCCACGGACAGAUGGGCAAGGACGUGUACAAAUGUGAAAUCUGCCACAUGCCUUUUAGUGUAUACAGCACUCUGGAGAAACACAUGAAGAAGUGGCACAGCGACCGCCCUCUGGCUAAUGACAUUAAGACUGAGUAGGCAAAGAGCAGCAUGCUGGCAGCUCUCUCUCAGCUCCCCGGGCUGAAAGGCAACCCUGGCUAACUAGCCAAUAAGUGAGGGGAAAGGACAACAGGGUUAGACACCAGUACACGGUACAGCCCUGUUAUCAUCCCUGACUGGAAAAAGCUGAAUGCAUGAUCCAUCAUUGGGGCAAUACUAUUGCAUCAAACGCAAAACUUUUUGAGCCUUUCUAUUGUGCAAUAAUUUACACGUUUUGUAUUUUUUGUAACUGGACAGCAUGCUCUGUGUGUUUUGGCUACUUAGAGAGAAACAUUUCCUUGGCUGGUGGGUUUGGUUGUACAUGUAUUGCUGUUGAUACUCUCGAUUUCUUCAACA